UGACAUAGUAGUUUUCCGAUCGCUCUGCUUUACAUGUCUAAACAUUUACAGAGUUACCGGAACUUUAAAAAAAAAAAGUCUACACCUUAGAGAGCGUUUCUCAGAAAUAUCCUUUUUAUUGAUCUACAACUCUGUGUGUGUGUGUGUGGACGAGCGGACCAAACGCAGAAAACAAAACCAUAGUAGAGGAAUAAAGUUAGACAGGACCGCAGCGGAACGACAGAACAGUACACCGGAGGACUCAAGAAGCGUCACUUGACUCUUCAUCAUGGCCGAAAUGGACGCGAGUCCGUUUUCUCUGAUGAGUCUGGAGGACGAGCUGACCUGCAGCAUCUGUCUGAGUCCCUUCGACUGUCCGGUGACCAUCCCCUGCGGACACAACUUCUGCCAGGACUGCCUCCUCGCCACCUGGAAGGACUCCUACAGCUGUCCUCAGUGCCGGACCCACUUCGCCACCAAACCGGAGCUGAAGAAAAACACGGUCCUCAGCACCGUCGUGGAGACCUUCAACCUGAGGACGAACAAGAGCGAGGCCACCCCGGCAGCAGAGGAGAGCAAAGCCGAGGAAGAGGGUGUCAUACGCUGCGAUACGUGUAUGGAGGCAGAAGCGUCGCAGACCUGCCUCACCUGCAUGGCCUCUUUCUGUGAGGAGCACCUGCGGCCUCACCGGGAGAACCCGACCUUUAGGCUCCACCAGCUGAGUCAGCCCCUCGGCGACCUGUCAGAGCGGAUCUGCCCGGACCACCACAAGCUGAUGGAGUUCUUCUGCAGCCAACACAGCCGCCCUAUCUGCAGCCUCUGCCUCCAGCAGGUGCACAAAGGCUGCUCCUUCAUAACCCCUGAGGAGCAGAGGAACCUGCAAGAGUCCGACCUGAGGAGCAAGUUGGGUUUGCUGGACGGGAAGAUUACGAAGAAUGAGAAUGUUAUUCUUCAAAUGGGUUCCUUGCAGAACAAGCUAGAGGACUCAGCGACCAACAGGAAGAAGGCUUUGGCAGUUGAGUAUCAGCAGAUGCGGGAUAUGUUGACACGGGAGGAGCGUGAAGCUCUGAAUAUAGUGGACCGUGAGCUGGACAGUGGUCAGACUAAACUAAAUGGUCUCGCAAAAAAGUUAAAUGAGAACGUCGACAGUUUGAGCAAAGCCAAAGAAGAGAUCCAGAGUCUGCUGAGCCAGUCCCAAACUCAGACCUUCCUACAGGCUUCAUUUAACCUGCCCCAAACUGUGAAAUUUGAACCUACUGCCCCUCAAAUCAACCUGGACUCCAAGAAGAUGAAAGCGGCACAGGAAUUCUCUACACUGCUGAAGGAGCAUCUGACAGAGAUAUUUAAACAGCCUAUUGAGGCCAGACUACUCAAACUUAAACCAGUUGAAAAAGCAGUUCCUGGCUCAGCACCUGCAAGUUCUGGAAGUACUGAAUCUCAGCCAGAAUCUGAAGUAACCAAGCCUCCAAAGCAGAAAAAAACGCCCAGGUCCCACAGUCCAGGUCGUCCGCCCGUCCAGCCAUUAUUCCAGCCAGUUCGUAUGCCUUAUAUGGAGUCACAUCCAGGCUGGCAUCCACCUCAGCCUCCACCAGGCUAUUUUAUGCGUCCUCAAUUUAUGCAAGGACCUAGGACAAAUAAUAACACUGGCAUUCUUGGGCCACAAUGGACAGGUCCAUGUCCCCAACCCAAAUCAGGCCCAAAGAAGAAACCUCAAAAACAAAAACCUCCCCAAUCCGCAGAAGACAAUAUGGGGAAAAGGAAUCAAUCCCGUUCAGUGGAGGACCUGCUGGAGAUGGAUGACAAAGCCAAAGACUGUACUCCUGCAGCUGAAUCCAAAGAGACACCAGAAACGCCGGACAUUCCCCCAAACAUAACAUCAGCUGAAAAAAGAACCGAACUUCUGAAAUAUGGUACGGUUCUCAAUUUGGAUCCAAAGACGGCCCACAAACGCAUCUCACUGAGUGAAAACUUCACCAAGGCAUCUGUGUCAGAUGAACACACGAGCUACCCCGACUGCCCUGAGCGCUUUGCCGUCUGCUCCCAGGUGCUAGCCUCCAAGGGUUUCUCUAGAGGACGACACUACUGGGAGGUCAAACUGAGCAGCAACAACUUCAUUGGCAUCGGCUUGGCUUACAAAAGCAUUGACCGCAAAGGUCCGACCAGUCGGCUGGGACGCAACUCCCAGUCCUGGUGUGUCGAGUGGUUUAACGUCAAGCUGUCAGCCUGGUAUAACAGCAGUGAGACCGUGCUGGUGAAUCCCAAUCCAAAGCGCAUAGGUGUGCUGUUGGAUUGUGAGGAGGGUACUGCUACGUUCUAUAACGUGGCCGACAGGGCGUAUCCCUUCCACUCCUUUGUGUUCCCCUUUGCUGAAGCCGUGUAUCCAGCUUUCUGGAUUUUCUCAAGUGGCUCGUCCGUUUCUUUGUGCAAGCUGCAGGCAUAAGGAGCAGAUGCACAUUCACGGCAUAUGCAGGCUAACACAUAUACACAGUCAGCCCUUUCUUUUAAUGACGCUCAUUAAGAACGGAAAAUAAUACUUUGCUAGUUGUCCCCAUAAACCCAGUCUUUAUUUUCUUAACAAGAGGCUGGUCGGUUACAUUCCCCCCAGCCAACAUGUUUGUCCAGUGUCUUCAUAUAAAGUGGAAAAUCAUUGUUGGCUGUACAGCUGCAACUGAUUGGCAUUUUGUGAUGUUGGAAUGGGUCUGGUCAAAUAAUGAUAACCCCACACUAUUAGUGAUUACUGCUAAGUGUCUUUCUGUUAGCUCUGCUUCAAUCCAAGAAAAUGAAGGAAUGGAUGGUGGAGUUUAUUCUGCAAAGUCUAAGAUUAUCCACAGACAGCUUGAAGCAUCACAACUGAAAUGGAUGUCAAGAAUGAAUGGCAUGUCAUAGCUAAGUCCUUUGUUGUUGUCGUUAGCUAUGCUGCUAAAUUUGUAGUUAUGGGACCAAAAAAAUGAAGCUGACUUUUCAAAACACAAGAAAAGCAAUAUACCUCAUGUUUUCCAUCGUAUAAACUGCAGUUUAAGGGAUUAGGACGCACUAACUUGUCCCAAUUACUCCAUGAUAAGUAUUUAAAAAACAGAUAAAAAUGUGUUUUUAAAGCUAUAUUAUAACUUAUACUGCAUGCAGAAGGAAUUCAGACAUAAUGCUGUGUUUGAUGGCAAAAGAUGAGCAGGAGAAAUUAUCUUCCCUUUAAUAAUUUCUUUUAUUUCAAUAACCGUAAAUGCACAGAUACAAAAAAUGAAAGAGCAAGUAAUGAAAGAAGGUGUGCUGUCAGUCACCUCAGCCAGUUGCCUUAAUGGGAUGAAGCUGGGAGGAGUGGUGGCUGGGUUUUCUUGUGCUGGUUUCAAUUUUCAGAGAAUUGAUCUACUUCCUUCUCUACUGGGAUUAUAACGGAGCACACAUAACGCACACUGUACACUUACUGUACAGUGUGUGUGUGCUAGUGCGUCUCCUGUAUUGUGAAUGUAAUCGGAUAAAGAAGUGAAUUAAUGACGUCACUCUCCAGCAUAUGUCAGUACAGCGGUUUCAUAUGAAGUCCGCAUGUGACAUAAUGAUUGUUUUGAAGUGCACUGGAGCAAGUUUUUUUCAUAUAUAAAGAUAUGAAUAAUUUCUAGUGACCCUAAGGUUCCUAUUUUCCCUCGAUUUAUCCAACUUUUGUAAGUAAGUGUUGUGGAAAAGACAGAUUCCACCUUACCUUAGUAAGAUGAGUUGCAAAUUCCUAGAAGACUGCCAUGAUAUUGGCUAGAAAUAGAUUUGUUUCUAUGAUAUGAUUGGCUGUGCACCCAUAGAAGUACAAUAGGAGUACUGUUUUCCGUGGUGAUUAAACAAAGUUAGUACAUUAGUACAAAACAAGUUAGCAUAGCUAGCUUUACGCUAGUUAGCUAGCCAGCCUAUUCCACUCUGGCUUAUUUACUGGUUCUUGUACAAAUAAUACUCGUUUUAGUCAUAACUGCAAAACCUCACCUCAGUAACCGUAAGUCGGUUUAGUUCACAAAAGUAAGACCACUGCAACGGUCACAAUGGCCACGGUUUACAUAAAAAUGUCAUCCGUUCUGAACAUUCUGCUAAGUUAAUUUGAAUGGAAAUGUCCACUCUACUCCUAUUUUAUUUCUUUGAGUGUACCCAACGGGACAAAGUAUUGAAACUUUGUCAAGAUAAGUGCAUAUUCGCAUCAACUAGCCCUAUAUCGUCACUUCCUCAACUCUUUGACUGAUUUGGCUGAUGAGAAGUCAUAUAGACUGUUUUCAUCAAGUCCAGGCAGUCUGUCUUUUUCUUUUUUUAUAUUUUUGGGGCAUUUUGCCUUUAUCGGGGGAGUUUAUGCCAGGAAAUAAUGGGGGGGGAGAGAGAAGUAUAACAUGCAGCAAAUGGUCCUUGGUCAAAUUUAAACCUAGGAUGUGAUGCUUGCAUGGUGUGCCCCAUAGGCAUAAAAUGUCACAUGAUUUUACAUCUUUGGUGGGCACAUUAAACCAAAAAGCCAUCAGAAUGCUCUGUUGGCUUUUGGUAAAGCGGUAGAAGAGUAGUUAGAUAUUUACAUUCACAGGGAUUAUUUGUUGGGUGAUUCAAGUUAACCCGGGUUUGUAGUAUGACGCUCCACCACGAUCAUGCUCAUCUUGCAGAUGCUAAAAGGUGUUAAACGACAAACUGUAUGGGCGUCAAACAGAAGAGAUCUGUCUACACAACAUACGGUAUAUUAACAAUGAAGUUGUUUGAACAUGGUUCUAUUCGUUCAACUAACCUCACUGCAUUUAAGGGGUUCAGACGACACUGUUGUCCAGAGAGACUUUACUGAUAAACUGGUAAAGCUGAAUUAAUCAGUUCACUGUUGGUUAAGUUAAAAGAUCUUUGUGAGGCAUUUUAGUCUAUGCACUUCAAGUAAAGACCUUUAUUCUUAGGUAACAUGACAAUAGUUGAAGGUACGGUAAAUCACUGCAUGAAAAGUUUGAACCUGUAUAUCUACUUUUUUCACUAUUUAUCAACACAUUUGAAAAUUGGGGUUUGUGACACAUAUCUUUGUGAAACUAUUGUGAGAUUUCCCAUAACAAAAUGAGUGUUGACACCGGUUUGCUCUUACCACCAAGCUAAAAUAGCAUGACGGGGUUGGCUAUGCUUAGCAGUGUAAAGGAGUUAAAGUUUAUUUCAUGUGACUUAUUGCUUUUGCCUUCUAUUUUUGGCUCGUAAAAUUUGUGAUUGAUUAUCUGCAGACUCCAGUGGCUUGCAGAUCAAUAUGUAUGUUUGCUGAUCCUCAACUGAAUUAAGGUUAAUUGUUCUUUGCAUCUACUAUUUUCAAGUGUACAAGAACUUUGGAUUUUACUCAAACUGCGAGCUUUAAGAAAUUAACUUAAAGCCAACCUUUGUGUUAAUUUCCUGUAUGGUGGUUGUUUUCUUUGUACCCAACACUGUUGGUUGCUUCAUUUGUAUUAAACCAAUUAUUAAUAAAAAUAAGCUUCUCUCUCUG